GAGUCAGGGGAAAGGGCACCAGACCGGCUGUCUGGAGAUGUGGGCCGCUGCGCCCCACUCCACACACGAGCCAGACAAGGCCGAGAGAUUGGGGCGCGUUUGCUGUCAAGGUCAAAGCCUCGGUGGCCCGAGUUUGGCUUCAACUCAGGUCUCCUGAAUUUCUGCUGUAGGAACCUCCACUCUCGUCCAUCCAUAAUGAUGACAAGCAUUCCAGAGAGAAGGCCCGGGGCGGCAGAGACGAUCUGGAGUUGAAGAGAGAGCAAGGCGGCAGUGAGAGCACGCCAGGCCCCAGGAUUACUGAAGAGCUAACUCUCCUUCUUGGGAGAGUUAUUGUCUUACCCUAACUGUUGCUGAGACCAUACUGGAAGAAGAUGCUGGUGUGGGAAUCCCCUGGGAAAAAAAGAAUUUUCAUUGUCAAAGGAAAUGCAGCAAAGAGAGCUUCUUCCUACCAAGCCAACAAUGAGUUUGGACUCCUAGGAAACCAUCAUUCAAACCAGGAUUGAGAAGCAACCGUUCCUCCAUCUUCAUGGUUGAUCUUCUCUGGGCCAGCGAUAUGCACCAUGAUCCUCUCUUGCGGUGGCCAGUGGCAGCAAGACACAGCUCCUGGUCAGCCCUGCAGACAUGAAGAGGGAAAAAUAUGAAGACCCCAUAGUGGAACACCAAACACAGAGCUGGUCUGUCCAGGAUACUCGGGAAAGCCGGAGCUGCCAAGGAAGCCAAGCCAAGUCACGUGCAUGUAUGAAGGGCUUGCUUGAAAAUGAGUCUUCUCCUUGGUACAAUAUGUUUUGAUCCAUGGUUUCAUUUGAGCCUCACAACCACUUCCUGAAGUAUUAUUUCUCUCCCCUUCUCCAGGUGUUUUAAAAAGAUGAGGAAACUAAGGCUAGAGCAAGUUAAGUGACUGCCCGAAUCACAUAGCUGGAUGGAGAUCAGAACUGCAGCUUGAGUCCAAGUUUUGCUUCAUGCAAAUUCUGCGUCUCUUUCUGUUAAGGAAAAGAGACAGAUCAGGGAAGGCUUCACAGAGGAGGAGGUGCUAGAACGACCCAAGUGGCAGGGCACCAAGUACAGAAGAGUAAACAGGGUCCUCUUGGCAAAGGCACAAAGAUGCAACGCAGCCCAGCCAGAAGGAAACACACGUUGUAGGAAACAAAAAAUGGUUGCUAGAAUUGUGAACUCUUUGGGGACAAGAAGGUCCGGUUCCUAGAAUGUGGCCUGGGGUUUAGCAGGCUCUGGAUAACUGUUUGAAGGACGGAAUGUCUGGGACAGAGAUUCUCUGUAGGACGGUAACCAGAAGUGUGGCUGAGAAGUGGCUGGAGUCAGAAGAAGGAGAUGCCUUUAUACAAUAUGGAAGGCUGGUGCUGGAGGAGGGGAGGGGGAUCAGGGUGCAGGUGAGGAGCGGAUCUGAGGAGAGAAUCAGCUGGAAGGUGGUUCCAGGAGAGAGAGAAAAGGAAGAGCAUAAGUCAACCAGGGUGGGGAGAGGAAAGACAGAGUCAAGAAACAUUUAGGAGUUAAGAGUGCCUAGCAACACUCUGACGGGAGUGUAGGGAUGGCAUGUAGGCAUCCACAGGCAGAAAGGCAGGAGCAGGGGACAGAGGAUGCUGGCUGUGGAGGAAACAGGAGUGAGUAGUGGAUACCAGGAUUCUCCCCCAGGUAGGCUGCAACCUCCGCAGUCACUCCUGGGGUUGCUCGCCUGAGAGGGCGGGGCCUCCCAGACUGGAAAAGUCAUUAGCAACCUGCCAGAACCGGGUUAACAAAGGCAGGACUACAACUCCCAGCAUCCUCCGGCACAGUGGGGUGACGGCGGGCGGUGGCUGCGCUGCACCCGCCCGGUGGGCGCUGGACCUGGGACGGCACCCGAGCCUGUCAUUCCGAAGGGGUCUGCGGGGGUGCGGGCGGGCGAUGCACCCGGGUCCCCAGCGCACUGGCCGCGCCGGGCUCGCGUCUCCCGCCCUACGUCCCCGCCCCUUGCCCCACCCCAGCCGGGCGGCUUAGCUGGGGCCGCAGCGCGGCGGCAACAUCACUCUCGCCGCCGCUGCUCCGCCCCAUCCCCUUCUGUUUUUCUCUCUCAUUCUCCGGUGGCGACGGCGGGGAAGGCGGAGGCAGAGGCAGCAGCAGCCGCGCAGGCUGCAAUGAAUGAUCCCCCAGCUGGGGGGGAGGACUCCAGGUGAGCCUCUGCCCUCGGGAGGGCCGGGACCCCCGGCCGCCCAGGACCUGCAGCCCCCGCCAUGGAUCCCUAGAGGAGGAGGAGGACGAGGAGGAGAAGACAGUUCUGCCGCCCACCCCCAUCCUAUUUUCCUCUUCCUUUAUCUCAUUGUUGCCGUAGCUGUUUACGGCAGCGUUCCCUCUGCCCCAGCAUGGGGCGGGCUCCGGGCACUGCCAUUCGGCAGGCGCUGCUCCUGCGGCUGCCCGGGGAUUCUGCCUAAUUCUCCCUCCCCAGCCCGUGCAGCGAGGACCGGAGAGCAGUGGAGGCCCGGACUGCAGCAGCGGCAGGGCCACCUCCCAGCAUCCCCACCCUAGGAGGCUGCAUGCGGAUUGAAGAACGGCGCCUGGGGGUUGGGCUGGCCCCGCGGAUCCGGACCUAGGGAGGACAGCAGGACCGCCCAGGCUGCGGAGGGGGCCGAGGGGAGGCAGGAAGGACCGAGCGGCAAGAUGGCCAGUAAAACCAAGGCCAGCGAGGCCCUGAAGGUGGUGGCCCGGUGCCGCCCCCUCAGCCGGAAGGAAGAGGCUGCUGGUCACGAGCAGAUCCUGACCAUGGACGUGAAACUGGGCCAGGUGACCCUGCGGAACCCCCGCGCUGCCCUAGGGGAGCUGCCCAAAACCUUCACCUUUGAUGCCGUGUAUGAUGCCAGCUCCAAGCAGGCAGACUUGUAUGAUGAAACCGUGAGGCCCCUGGUAGACUCGGUGCUUCAAGGUUUUAAUGGCACCGUGUUUGCCUAUGGACAGACGGGCACAGGCAAGACCUAUACCAUGCAGGGGACCUGGGUGGAGCCUGAACUGCGCGGGGUCAUCCCCAAUGCCUUUGAGCAUAUCUUCACCCACAUCUCCCGCUCCCAGAACCAGCAGUACUUGGUUCGGGCCUCCUACCUGGAGAUCUACCAGGAGGAGAUUCGAGACCUGCUCUCCAAGGAGCCUGGCAAGAGGCUAGAGCUGAAGGAGAACCCCGAGACGGGUGUCUACAUCAAGGACCUCUCCUCCUUCGUCACCAAGAAUGUCAAGGAGAUCGAGCACGUGAUGAACCUGGGGAACCAGACUCGGGCGGUGGGUAGCACGCACAUGAACGAGGUCAGCUCUCGCUCCCAUGCCAUCUUCGUCAUCACCGUGGAGUGCAGUGAGCGUGGCUCAGAUGGCCAGGACCACAUCCGUGUGGGCAAGCUCAACCUGGUGGACCUGGCGGGCAGCGAGAGGCAGAACAAGGCAGGCCCCAACACAGCUGGAGGGACAGCCACACAGUCCACAGGGAGUAGCGGUGGUGGGGGAGGUGGCGGUGGUGGAGAGAGGCCUAAGGAAGCCUCCAAAAUCAACCUCUCACUGUCUGCCCUGGGCAACGUGAUCGCGGCUCUGGCAGGCAACAGGAGCACCCACAUCCCCUACCGGGACUCCAAGCUAACCCGGCUGCUCCAGGACUCUCUGGGGGGGAACGCCAAGACCAUCAUGGUGGCCACCCUGGGCCCAGCGUCUCACAGCUACGAUGAGAGCCUGUCCACCCUGCGCUUUGCCAACCGGGCCAAGAACAUCAAGAACAAGCCCCGGGUGAACGAGGACCCCAAGGACACACUGCUACGGGAAUUCCAGGAGGAGAUUGCGCGCCUGAAGGCCCAGCUGGAGAAGAAGGGGAUGCUAGGAAAGCGGCUCCGGAGGAAGAGCAGCCGCAGGAAGAAGGCCGUGUCAGCCCCAGCCGGGUACCCGGAGGGGCCGGUGAUUGAGGCCUGGGUGGCGGAAGAGGAGGAUGACAAUAACAACAACCACCGCCCGCCGCAGCCCAUCCUGGAGUCAGCCUUGGACAAGAACAUGGAGAAUUACCUGCAGGAGCAGAAGGAGCGGCUGGAGGAGGAGAAGGCGGCCAUCCAGGAUGACCGUAGCCUGGUGAGCGAGGAGAAGCAGAAGCUGCUGGAGGAGAAGGAGAAGAUGCUGGAAGACCUGCGGCGGGAGCAGCAGGCCACCGAGCUGCUCGCAGCCAAGUACAAGGCCAUGGAGAGCAAGCUGCUCAUCGGGGGCAGGAACAUCAUGGAUCACACCAACGAGCAGCAGAAGAUGCUGGAACUGAAGAGGCAGGAGAUUGCAGAACAGAAACGCCGUGAGCGGGAAAUGCAGCAGGAGAUGAUGCUCCGAGACGAGGAGACCAUGGAGCUCCGGGGCACCUACACGUCCCUGCAGCAGGAGGUGGAGGUCAAAACCAAGAAACUCAAGAAGCUCUACGCCAAGCUGCAGGCGGUGAAGGCGGAGAUCCAGGAUCAGCACGACGAGUACAUCCGCGUGCGGCAGGACCUGGAGGAGGCGCAGAACGAGCAGACCCGGGAGCUCAAGCUCAAGUACCUCAUCAUCGAGAACUUCAUCCCCCCAGAGGAGAAGAACAAGAUCAUGAACCGGCUUUUCCUGGACUGUGAGGAGGAGCAGUGGAAGUUCCAGCCCCUUGUGCCCGGCGGAGCCAAUAACAGCCAAAUGAAGAAGCGGCCAACGUCAGCAGUGGGCUACAAGAGGCCUAUCAGCCAGUACGCCAGGGUUGCCAUGGCAAUGGGGUCCCACCCCAGGUACAGGGCUGAAAACAUCAUGUUUCUGGAAUUGGAUGUGUCCCCUCCAGCGGUCUUUGAGAUGGAAUUCUCUCAUGACCAAGACCAAGACCCCCGUGCGCUCCACAUGGAGCGGCUCAUGCGGUUGGACAGCUUUCUGGAAAGACCUUCCACGUCCAAAGUCCGAAAGUCCAGAUCCUGGUGCCAGAGUCCUCAGCGGCCUGCGCCCUCCACCACACCUGCCUCGCUGGCCCCCGCUGCUCUGCGCCCCACGACAGUGCUAGACCAUGAGUGACAGCCUUCCGUCAGGCCGCCCGUCCCGCAGACGCCAGGGGCGGGCCGCCAGCCCUGGAUCAUCUCGCCUGCCGCUCGGUGUGCGUGUAUGUGCGUGUGCGUGCCUGUGUGUGUGUGUGUGUGUGUGUGUGUGCGCGUGCGCGCAUAUGUGUGAGGGGGUGAGCAUCCGGCAGGCCGUGCCUCUGCCAGCUCUUAGCCUCCUUUAUUUAAUUCAUGUUAUUUAUUCGUGGAGCUCGGUUCCCGCAGGAGAGGCGCCCUCGCCCGGGCCUGCCCUGGUCACUGCAGCCUCCUUUCCUCCCGACCGUAGACCCCCGCCCCAGUCACACCGCCAGCUCCUCCCCGUCAGUUGCCCCCAGGAGGGAAGGGACCGGGGCCUGAGAAGAGGGUCCUUGUUCCUCCUGGCUCCCUCGGUCACCCCCAUCUCCUCCGGCACUGACCGUGAGCAGCCCCUGAGCACUUCCCGGGACUAGAAAAAUGCGAGGUGUCCUCUGAGGAUAUUCGACGUCCGUCCACAGUGUUGAGCUUGGGCUUCCGGCGGAGAGAGCCCUGCUCUCCACUUUCUGGGCCUCAAGUGACCUCUUUCGGCUUCUCGGGCUCCUCCUUCUCAAGGACUUGAGGGACCUCGCCGACACAGCCUAUGCGCGUCAGCUUUGAUGGGAACUCGCGGCUUCCCCAACCCUGCUUCUCGUCCACCUGCCCAAGCCGUCGAUGGGAACUGUGAGCCAACCCCUUGCGGCCUCCUCAGGACCUGCAGGAAAUGGAACAGUAAUGGAGACAGUGUGGAUAAUCAUCAGGAGACGUCCCUCCUCUAGGACCCUUUGUUUCUGUCCCCUUAAGAAGUAACUGUGGCCAACAAAGCCACCAGGCCAACUCCCCACCUUAGACAUGCUGCUCCUUCCUGCUUCCGUCCUUUUCCCUGCAGCUGCCUGGAUCCCCGGUGGUAAUGGGAGGGAUCCAUGUCCUUCUCCCCUGGCUAAACAGAGGUAUCAGUCUGUUGCUUUUCCUUCUCAUGAGCGCAGGAUAUGGAGACCCAGGCGCAGCCUGCCAGCUCUGCCCUUUACCCUGUUUCUGAUUCACCUUCUGUUGGGCACUGCUCUGUUCACCAGACUGACCUUUCCUUCAGCAUUGUGGUCCCUAGGGAAGUACUCCUCACUGUCCUUUGCGACAUCCCAGGAUGUCUCCGGGUCUCUAAAGUAAAGUUCUACCAAAAAAAAAGAGAGGGAGAUUAAUUUUCAUUGACUUGCCUUUUAAGGGUAUAUUUCAGUGGAAGGGGAAGAGGCAGUCAUGAAUCAGAGCAAGUGGGUUAGGCUCUCAGAACGCCCUAAUAGUGGCAUCUCCAGGUCCUAGAACAUGAUGAGUUUAGCUCUUGGGGUAGAGGCACGAAACGGACAGAUCUGCCUGCAGUUUGGUGUGUGGGAGGUGGCAGUGGGGGCUGAUUACCUGGUUAUUCUCUUUCCAGCAGGACAUGAACCCUUUUGCACAGUUCAGGUUCUGCCGUGUAAGGACCCAGCAAUGGUUUGGUUUGGUUUCAUUCAAUGAUGCUGUCACUGCUUCUGCAACUGCUGGACCGCAUGGUUGGGCAACUCAAUUGCCACUUGCUCCUGUCCUUCAAGGAAAUAACCUUUUUUCAUCAGAACCCAAGAGAUUAUUUGAGACCCAGGAUUCAGAUCAGAGGUUCGGUUGUGGCUGGGACAGGAGUGGUAUGUAGAAGGGUCCCAAGUGGGAGAGGCAUUGAGCAGCCUCUCCCACGGACCUCUCGUUGGUGGAUGAAGCCGCACGCGUUACCCCCAUUCAUCACCAGGACGCAUCGACUCUGCACUGUCUGAUCACUUGACCCUCAUAGUCUUAUAGCACAAUAUACCCAACUUCACCCCACCCCAGCCUCAGGGCUGGGCCCAAGGUGUGCUCAGAGGAGGAGCUCCUGCCUGCAGUUUUGUGUACGUGUGUAUGUGUGUGCGUGUUUGUGUGUGUUUACCUCCACAGGGGACACUCUGCACUUGGUGUGAGAUAUGCUGGGAACAGGGCCACCGGGGUGGCUGGAUCUCGGUCCCUCUGUCUCUCUCUUCUCUUCCUUUUGAUGUAUCACACAUUUGGUUGACAAAGUGAGGGCCUUGAUUUGGACCAAAUUUCCAUGUCUGUUGCUGUGGUCUUCAUUUAGGACAAUGAUUAACAAAGCCGUGGCCCCUUCUCGUCACUCUAUACAUAUGACUAUACGGGACAUAUGUAAUAUAUAAAUAUAUAUAUAAAAUAUUACCCUCUGUCUCCUUGGCUUAGGAUGAGAUCUCUCUGUUGAGCUGAAAUGCACCUGCAGCUCAGUGCUGCCAGCAGCCUGCAGGCCCCAGCCCUGUUCAGAUUAACACAGUCCGAAAUAAAGGAAUGAGUAUCGUUACAUA